AUGGACCCCCAAACACUGCCUAGCUCAUGGGUUGAGCCUGCGGGCCCUGUGCGUCCCUCUCUCAUCAGAUUAUCUGCUCUGGAUAAUUUGACCUCGCCAGUCUAUCCUUCGCCGACAGAAUUCUUCCCUUUAAAACCAGACGCCGACCCCAGACAGCUCUACGAAGACUGCAAACGUGGCCUCGCCCGUUACAUAUACCAACACCCACAUCUUUGUGGUAGAAUUGUCAAGGAUGAAACUGGACGCAACUCGAUCGAGAUUCGCCCAACGCCGUACGCCGGUGUCAAUUUUGAGUUCCACGACCACCGAGACAUGAAGGACAUGCCUUCGUAUGAGGAGUUCAGAAGAUUUGGCUGGCCAUUCGGUGACGGCGACCAAGAUGGUCUGAGCAAACUGCGCCAAAAAGACUUCCCAUGCGCCCAGACCGGCGACCCCAUCCUUGCUCCUCGAUUCAAUGUCAUCAAAGGCGGAAUAGUGUUGACCAUGUCUAUCGCACAUGCUAUGUGUGACCUCGUGCAAUGUAUGGACUUGAUGGGGUCUUGGGCACGUAACUCGCGUGCUGUUGCCAAUGCUCGGACAAAUAAUAUGCCCGAGCCUCCGCUACCGCAGCAAGUAGCAGCGAAUUUGAUGGACCGCUCGCCGCUGACGCCUAAUGUGCAGAUUGAGCAUGAUCUCGAGAAGUUGGCGGCUCUCGCGGCAAAUCUUCCACAUUGGACAAUGCUCGACCCUCGCGAUCCCCGAAAGAUGGGCAAGACAAUAGAUGGCAUCUUCACAAAGGCUCGUUUGACAGACAUUGACCUGGCCAACUUUCCUGAAGAUACGCUUCGUGAGCUGUCGACCUCUGUAUGGACCUUCCCUCAAUUAUCAAUAAAAAAACUGAAACUCGUCGCCGACAGAGUCUCGCCUAGAGACACCAAGCUGUCAUCCAUCGACUGUCUGACAGCUUUUACUUGGCAGCGUUUCUUCGCUGCCAAAUGGGCCCCGGGUGUGCCGGGUGCGGAGCCUAUACCCAAGACGACGCGUAUCGUUUACCUUGGGAGCGUGCGCCCGCGCCUGACACCGCCUUUGCCUCUCGACUACAUGCCGGCCUGCGUGGACUUCUUUCCAGUUGCUGCAAAGACUGAUGGCUUCACAUCCGCAGCCCCGGAGGCCUUGGCCAAGGUAGCAACGAUGAUUCGCAGUACCAACAACAACUGGAGUGAAGAGGUAUUCCGCGAAAUAAUAGAUAUUGCGCAGAUGCACCCUAUGAACCCGGGUCUAGUACCAAGAGGUCCGCUCGAUGCCCUUGUCACUGAUCACACACGUCUCAGCUCAGUCGUGCUUGAGGACUGGGGUCCUGGCCUCGGCCGGUGUGAGGCGUAUCGUGAGCCAUAUCUUGGCCGGGUGCUUCCCCGUGGCGAGAUUACUCUCCUGCCAGGUUGUGAUAAUGGUGAAGUAAAUGUUAUGUUUGCUGGCGAAGCUGUCGUCUUGGAACGGCUGAGAAAUGACAAGGAUAUGAAUGCCGUGGCUUCGUGUCAGUUCAUAAUGGACGACUUUAUCAAGAUAGCUGCAAAGAAUCGGCGCUCAGCGAGAUUAUGA